CUAACCGGUCCCGGCGGUGUAACAUAUUCUUCCGUCUUCCUUCGAAGCCCCCAUCACUGCUGGAGCGAAGCACGCGAUCCUCCCCGUUCAAAUCACACUGCCAUCUCGCUCCCCGGUCUUCUGCUUUCUCACGCCGGCCAUUUCCCAUCCCUACUCGGGCUUCCUCGUCGGCCCUCGGGGAUCUCGAUGGCGAGAUCCAAUAAGUCGGGGAGGUACGUUUUGGUCCUCUCUUGCGUCGCACUUCUAGGGGUCGCCCUCGUCGCUGAUUUCCUUUGGGCCUACUCCAAUUCCGCUUCUUCUUCCCUCGUUUGGUCCGGAAACCUCGAUCGAUCUCUCGAGAGACUUUCCGGUGCAGGCGAUCUGGUUGCCGAGUCGGUGGUUAAGAAGAAAAAGGACUUAAAAAUAUUAGAAUCAAAAGAAUUGAAUGCCACAUUUGCUGAUUUACCAGCAACAAUGUUAGAAUGGGAAGAGAUGGCAGAGGCACCUGUUCCACGUCUAGAUGGCGCUGCUAUUCAGAUUAAAAAUCUUUUGUUUGUCUUUGCUGGAUAUGGUACAAUCGACUAUGUUCAUUCUCAUGUAGAUAUCUAUAAUUUUACUGAUAACACAUGGGGAGGAAGAUUUGACAUGCCCAAAGAAAUGGCUCAUUCUCAUUUAGGAAUGGUAACAGAUGGCAGAUACAUCUAUAUAGUGACUGGACAAUAUGGUCCUCAAUGUAGAGGCCCUACUACGAGGAAUUUUGUGCUGGAUACUGAGAAGAAAGAGUGGCACGAUCUGCCACCCUUGCCAGUACCUAGGUAUGCUCCAGCUACCCAACUCUGGAGAGGCAGACUCCAUGUCAUGGGUGGAAGCAAGGAGGACCGCCAUGAACCUGGAUUAGAACACUGGAGUCUUGCUGUGAAGGACGGGAAGGCCUUGCAGAAAGAAUGGCAGAGUGAAAUCCCUAUGCCUCGUGGUGGACCCCACAGGGCCUGCAUUGUUGCCAAUGAUCAACUUAUUGUCAUUGGUGGUCAAGAGGGUGAUUUUAUGGCUAAACCUGGAUCACCAAUUUUCAAGUGUGUCCGAAGAAGUGAGGUUGUGUACAGUGAUGUCUACAUGCUCGAUAAUGAAAUGAAAUGGAAGGAACUUCCGCCCAUGCCCAAACCAGAUUCUCAUAUAGAGUUUGCAUGGGUUAACGUUAACAAUUCAAUUAUAAUUGUUGGAGGUACAACAGAAAAGCAUCCUAUAACCAAAAAGAUGGUGUUAGUUGGAGAAGUGUUUCGGUUCAAUUUGGAUAAAUUGGAAUGGUCGGUGUUGGGAAGGUUGCCUUUCCGCAUCAAGACCACCUUGGUUGGCUACUGGAAUGGCUGGCUUUAUUUCACAUCUGGCCAGCGAGACAAAGGACCAAAUGAUCCUGCUCCCAAGAAGGUCGUUGGGUGCAUGUGGAGAACUAAAUUGCAUCUAUAACUUCUCGUUGAUCUUAUUACAGAUUUGUAGUGUAAGAUGGACCACCGACCGCACCAAGGGAUUAGACUGGACAUCAACCCCUCGUUCAUCAAUUCCAGAUUAAGGUGGGCCCCAGUCAGUGAAUACUGGGUAAAUCUAGUCAACAUCACCAACCGACAAAUAGCAGCCCAAUCUAUGCAUUGGGCCCACGACGAGCCCCUCUCACUCACGUGGGUAAAUAAAGCGAGUACAUGGCAUUCUUGGGAAAAAUUUCAUUCCACUCUCACACAAAAAUUUAAUCUCUUCUCAAACGCACUUAAAAUAUUAGUAUUAUCAAAAAUAUCCUCGAACUGUUAUCGUUUUUUAAAAAAUGUGUCUGGUGGUUUUAAUACUUUUGAAAUUUUAUCAUUUUACUAUUUACCAAAAUGUUAAUGAUUAGAGAAUGAAAUAAAUGAAAAUUUUGAAAUUUUCAGGGGUAUUUUAGAAUCUAGAUAAAGUUUGGGAGGCCAAAUAAAAAUUUCUCUUAAAUUUAUUCGCCGGAAACAGCUGCUGCUUUUAUUAAUUUUAUACUAAUUCUUCG